AUGUCAGCCUCCUGGAGUGUCAUGAGAUUUCUGUACUUUCGGCAUAAAAUCAAGUAUUUUAAGAGCAGACGACACCAUAUAUGCUUUAAUCCCAAUGCAUACCGAAGCAUACAGUGUGGAAUACGACACUCGAGUUAUACUGCCUCACUUUCUCGCUUGUUAAACAAAAACGAUAACUUUGAACUGGCGUCAGUACAGUUGCCCCGAGCGGGUCGUUGUGCCAACAGUGUCAUCACAGAUAAGCGUGGGCCGGCUUCUGUCACACAUCGACAAUCAAGAUCGUUUCAUUUCUCACAGACAACACAGGAUUCUUCAAAGAAAACAAAGGUGAACAAACCGUCACGAGAAAAGGAUGUUGUUACCUAUGAUGUGAAAACACCUAAAGGAGAAAAGAAAGAUACCAACUGCCCUUUACCAACUGGAUACAGUCCCCUGUAUGUGGAGGCUGCAUGGUAUGACUGGUGGGUAAAGGAAGGAUUCUUCAAGCCAGACACACGGGGCUCUGACAUCUCAGAUCCGUUCGUUAUUUGUCUGCCUCCACCCAAUGUGACAGGAAAUCUACAUCUGGGCCACGCCUUGACGAACUCCAUCCAGGAUGCUAUUGUUAGAUGGCAUAGGAUGAAAGGGGAGACAACUCUGUGGGUGCCUGGCUGUGAUCAUGCGGGAAUCGCCACACAGGUGGUUGUGGAGAAAAAACUGUGGAGAGAGAAACAGCUGACUCGCCACGAUUUGGGCAGGGAGCAUUUUAUUGAAGAAAUCUGGAAAUGGAAAAAUGAAAAAGGGGAGGUAAUUUAUGAUCAGAUGAAAAAGUUAGGCUCAUCUCUAGACUGGGAAAGGGCGAAAUUUACUUUGGAUGAACCAAUGAACAAAGCUGUUACAGAGGCCUUUGUGCAGCUGCAUGAUGCUGGCUUGAUCUAUCGGAGCGACCGAUUGGUUCACUGGUGCUGCCACCUGAAGUCCACCAUAUCUGACAUUGAAGUGGAGAACAUGGAGUUGUCAGGACGCACUCUACUGGAUGUCCCUGGUUACCAGGACAAAGUGGAGUUUGGGCUGUUACAUUCAUUUGCAUACCCAGUGGAAGGAAGCGAUGAGGAAGUUGUCGUGGCAACGACUCGCCUGGAGACCAUGCUGGGAGACACAGCAGUGUGUGUACAUCCAGAGGAUGACCGAUUUUCACAUUUACACGGCAAAUUUGUGACCCAUCCAUUUGAGGAUCGUCGCCUUCCAAUCAUUCAGGAUGAGUUUGUUGACAAAUCAUAUGGCACAGGGGCUGUAAAGUUGACUCCAGCACAUGAUCAUAAAGAUUAUGAUGUGGGCAGGAAGCACGGGUUGCCAAUGGUUACGAUUUUAGCUGAUGAUGGCAGAUUGACUAAUGUGUCCGCAGAGUUUCAGGGUAUGAAACGUUUUGAGGCUCGAGAAGCUCUGAUACAGUCGUUAAGCCAGAAAGGCUUGUUCAGGGGAACGUGUGAGAACCCCAUGGUCCUACCACUCUGCAGCCGUUCUCACGAUGUAAUAGAACCCAGACUAAAGGAGCAGUGGUUUGUGUCAUGUAAGGAAAUGGCACAGCAAGCUUUGGAGGCUGUCAGAAGUGGGGAACUGGAGAUUCACCCUGCAAUGUACCAGUCUGACUGGUACAACUGGCUUGGUGACAUCAGGGACUGGUGUGUAUCUCGUCAGCUCUGGUGGGGACAUCGGAUACCAGCAUAUUUGGCAAAAACUGAGGUUGAUAAUAGAGGGCAGUGGGUGUGUGCAGAGAGUGAGGCCAGUGCCAGAACUAAGGCCGCUCAGCUAAUGGACUGUCCACCGGGGGAAAUAGUUCUACAACAAGAUGAGGAUGUGUUGGACACUUGGUUUUCUUCCGCUCUUUUUCCGUUUGCUGUGUUUGGCUGGCCAGACAAGACUGACUCAUUGUGUAAAUUCUACCCAACGUCUCUGCUGGAAACGGGUCAUGACAUUUUGUUUUUCUGGGUGGCCAGAAUGGUGAUGCUGGGUCAGAAACUUACUGGAGAACUGCCAUUUAAACAGGUGUUACUUCAUGGGACGUUACGUGAUGCUCAUGGCAGGAAGAUGAGCAAGUCUCUGGGCAAUGUGGUGGACCCUGUCGAUAUCAUACGAGGGAUUUCAUUGGACGGCUUACAAAAACAACUGCUAGAGAGUAAUUUGUCCAAAGCAGAGAUUAAGAAGGCCAUGGAAGGUCAGAGGUCAGAUUACCCAGAAGGCAUCCCUGAGUGUGGAACAGACGCUCUGCGAUUCACGCUCUGUUCUUAUAACUUCAAAGCUCAAGAAAUCAACAUGGAUGUCACCCAUGUGAAAAGCUAUCGUCAUUUCUGCAACAAGAUUUGGCAAGCGUUCAAGUUUGUUACCAUGAACUUGGGAGAGAAUUUCCAGCCAAGGUCAAAUUUCAAGAUACAAGAGGAAGGAAAUAAAGUCGACCAAUGGAUUGUCAGCAGGCUUUGUCACAUGGUCCAGUCAUGUGAUCAGAGUUUUAGGUCACAUGACCUUCACUGGGUAACCAAAUCUCUGCACCAGUUCUGGUAUAUGGACCUAUGUAAUGUUUAUCUGGAAAGUGUUAAACCAGUGCUUUGGGACCUGGAUUCUCCACACAGAGAUGUUGUUAACCAAACUCUGUGGCUCUGUGUGAACACUGCGCUGAGAGCGACCAGUCCAUUCAUGCCUUUUUUGACAGAAGAGUUAUACCAGAGGUUGCCACGGUCACCAGAGUCACUUUCCAGAAGUAUCUGUAUAGCUCCGUACCCUGAACCCAGUGAGUACCCUUGGCGAAACCUGGUGAGCGAGUCAGAAAUGGAUACUGUGUUACAGAUUGUCAACAAAUCUCUCUCCAUCAAGAAGGAGUUCAACAUUGGCAAGAUGAGACCCCAGUGUUUUGUUCAGAUCACAGAACAUAACUGUGAUCUCCAUGAACUGGAGCAUUACAGGGAUGUCAUUUCUACGCUGUCUCGCUGUGACAACACCCAGUUUGUGGAGAGUAGGAGUGAUAUUCCAGACGGCUGUGUGGCUAACAUUGUGAAUCAGCAUUACACGGUGCACCUUCUACUCAAGAAUUUGCUGAACCCAGAUGUGGAAAAAACACGACUGCAGAAGAGACUCGAAAAAGUGAUUGCGAGUUUGGAGAAGGUGACAGCUUCCCAGGAGAAAAGGGGCUCCAAAACAUCACCAGACAUCCAGCAGAGAUACAUGGAUAAGGCUCUGGCGUACAGAAAAGAGAUAGGUGAGAUUCAGGCUACACUGAAAACACUGGACAAAUUCAGGUGACAGCUGUGAAACAAUCCGAUGAUACUGGUGUGAAAAAAUUGGAUAACAGGUGUGGAAAAUCAACUGUGGUAAAAUCAGAAGACAGCUCUGGAAUUUUCUGGAAAGAUCAGAGGACAGCUCUGGAAAAAUCAGUUAAAACUGAGACGUUUUGAUGUGACAAAAAGUAUUGGUGAAAAUCAGACCUAGUUGGAACACAGCAUUGUGUUGAUAGGCCCAGUGGAUCAUCACAGAAUUACAGAAGAGCUGAAGAGGUAUUCUUCUGUGACAGUGACACAAACAGCAGGAUGUGGCUGUCCAGGCAUCAUGGCUUCCCAAAGAAAAUUGACCGCAAAUUUGGCUCAAAUGUUAUUAAACAACAAUCAAUCAAUCAAUCAAUCAAUCAGAUCACACUAAGACUCAUUGACAUCACAAAACUCCUUUGCCCUGUGAAGUGAUGGACAUCCAUGCACUGUGAGCAAAAUGUCUCUGAAAUAUUACUGAUGUGUACCAGUGAUGAUGUAGGGGGAAACUUUUGUAAUA